GUGACGUGGAUUUUCAUUCAACGUCAGAGUUGCACCAAGAUAUUCAAGUAGCAGGCUUUAACAGCUGUCUUUUUAAUCCAAUUUUCUAACAUUAACACACAGGACUUAUUUUUCUCUCCUCCAGGACACAAAAACAAACAAACGGGACACAGGAUGAGUAAAAACAGCAAAGGACUCAAUUUAAAAGAUAAACUCACCGACAAUGAAAUGGACCUGAGCCUGUGCAAUCUCAGCGAGGUGCCCGUCAAGGAGCUGGCUUCACUCCCCAAAGCCACUUUUCUGGACUUGUCCUGCAACAACCUGACUUCACUGCCUUCAGAAUUCUGCAACCUGACCCACUUGGUGAAAGUGGACCUGAGUAAAAACCAGCUGACCUGUUUACCGGAUGACCUGGGCAGCCUGGUCAAUCUUCAGCACCUGGACUUGUACAACAACAAGCUGAACGGCCUGCCUGUUAGCUUCUCUCAGCUGCGGAGUCUGAAGUGGUUGGACCUGAAGGACAACCCUCUGGAGGUCGACCUGGCUAAAGCAGCAGGGGAUUGUCUGGAUGAGAAGCAGUGCAAACAGUGUGCCGGCAGGGUUCUGAAACACAUGCAAACGCUUCAGGAGGAGGCUGAACGUGUGCGGGAAAAGCGCCUUUUGAGGGAAAAAGAGCUGGAGAAGAAGAAGGAGGCUAAGCAGAGGGAGAGGGAGGCCCGGGAGAAGGAGGUUCGCAAGCGGGAGAAGGCUGAGGAGAAGGAGAAGAGGAGGAAGGAGUACAAGGCUCAGAUGGCCGCUGCUGCCGCCCAGGAGCAACAGAAGAAGAGGAGUGAGGAGAAGAAGAGCAAGAAGAAGAAUGGACAGGCUUUUGACAAAAAGACAGUGGUGGAAGUGAUGUCCAAACCUCGGCGAUCUCUCCUCAGCCUCCUCUUCAAGCUCCUCCUCCUCUUGCUGCUCGGACUGGCUGGAGCCACCGCUGCCUGCCGGCUGACGGACCUGCAGUGGGAGGAAGUGUGCGUGCCGCUCAACAUUGCAGUGGACCAGGGCCUGUCCUGGGCCCAGGAGAAGGAGGGCGUGGUCAGACAGCUGCUCUACGACCUGUCCACUGCAGCCAAGGACUUCCUGGAAUCCACGCAAGCAUCCAAAAGCUAAAUGUGCACUCGAUGCGUUGUUCUCCACUUUGAAUCCUGAGAUUUUUAAAAGAAAUGUUCUGAUCAAGCUGCUUCUCAUUGAUGCAGGAUGAGGGGUUGGAGGGGCAAAUGUGUGCCAAAUCAUCUUAAAUUCCUAUGGAAUUAUUGUCGCUCUUUGUACAACCGCUUGUUUUUAAAUGCGUCUUUGUCUUCUUCAACCUGGCCUGAUCUGGAGACGCACAGGGUUGUGAUGAGCUCGUCUCAGUAACAUUGGCCUUCUUCUGGUGGAAAGGAAAAUAUUCUAAUGUGAUGUGGCUAUUAGCAAGUAAACGUGCUAACUGAAAUGCAUCUGCUUCAGUAAAAGUCUUGAUGGAACAGUAAAAGUUGAUGAUUGAGUUUGCCUCCACUUCUCAUCAGUGGCUCAUGGCGACACGAGAAUGCCUCACAUCCAAGGAAACAAAUGCCUGCUCUUCCCAAUUGGUCCGUUUCGACCCCGCUCCCAAUCCUUUUUUUAAGUCUGUGACAUUAUGUCUCGUCUGCUGCUACGGCUCAAUCUGUAGUCCCUCUCCCUCAUGUGGCUGGUGCAGCUGCGCAGCCUAGUCCGAACAGACUCGUCCACCAUCAUCUCCAAGGUCACCUCCUUGAACACCUGACACACUGACACCUGCAGGAGUUGACAUCCCAUAAUUACACCACCCUUUCACACACAUGCACAAUACAUUCGUUUUCAGGAAUUCAUUUCAGACUAAGAAACCAAUUCAAGGCUCGGGAAGUUUUUGCAGUUAAUUUUUUUUGACAAUUUUCACUUUUUAUAAGCUACUAAAGUUGAAUAUUUGAAAAUUAAGAAAUAUAUUACUGAACGUUCUCACAACGCUGUUGUGGCCGUAGUCCAGCUAAAACUCAACUCUGAAUCCCAGACAUCACUUCCUGUCCACAUAUCCAGAAGACAUUUAUUAAACCACACACGACCACAAGACUUAUUUUCUCUUAUGUCUACUAUAUUGGGUAAUAGGAGUGUAAAGGUGACCAGAGGGUUGUUAUUUCAUGUCUAGAGGGCUCUAAUAAUGGUAAAAAUCGUAUUUUGAAUGUUCUAAUCAUUCUAUUCAUUAAUAUUGAAUCCUAUGCGGAAAUUCACUUAUCGCUGUUGGGUUUGGAACAAUGAAAAACGAGGGGUUACAGUACUGAAAUAAAUCAACUUUUCAAAUGUAUGCGAAUUAAUUGGCAUUCACCUCUAGAUGGUGAGAUUCUAGUUUUUUAAAGUUUAUUUUUACCUCUUGGAACUGCAGUUUCUUGAACAUGGCGAUGCUGAUCCCGUUGUCCAGGCCGAUUUUCACUUGAAACUUUUGGAUGUUGAGUUUGGCGACCCCUGGUGGAAGAGAAGGCGCUCUUCACUCAUGCUGCUUUGGGUGUGUACAGUACUUACUCCCUCGCUACACAUUUGAAUAUAAUGUACACAAAUAAAAAAAAUCAAUGUGAAAAAAAAUACAUUUUUUUUAGAUAAUAUUUGGGCACGCCUACGAAAAUUUAAUUUAGGUGCCAAAAGAAAUCCUCAAUCCCUUAUUCUUAUAAUAAACAAAACUAUAUAAACAUGAUAUUUCUGUCAAAAACAUCCUUUGAAGUAUAUUUGCUAUUUGAAUGUAUUUUACGAAAUUCAGUAGCCGGAACUUCAAGUUGAUGGAAAAUCCCAUUUAUAGGUAUAAGUUUAAUUCUUGUCAAAAUGAGGUUGUAAUC